AUGUCUAUGUCAUCUGAGCUAGCCGCCGGCAUCGAGGAAAAACUUCACCUCGAUGCCUCGCAGAAACCACCGGAAGAUAUUUCUGCGUUCCAGCGCAUGCUCUCUGCGUGCCUGGGCUCGUUCAUCACAUCUCUAGUGGUUACGCCUUUCGAUGUGGUUCGCAUUCGCAUCCAGCAACAAGAGGUCAUUCCUCAGGACUACCAAUGUUGCAGUGGAGGAUCAAAGUCCCAGCCCAAAGGCCCAGGUAUCUUCUGGAUCAACGAACACUACUGUAACUCUGCAGAAAAGUGUCCACGAAUCACCUCCACAUUCCAAGGCAUGUCAAGUAUUGCGCGUAAUGAGGGCCUACCCACUCUCUGGCGUGGUCUAAGUUUGACGUUGUUUAUGGCAAUCCCAUCCAACAUCAUAUACUUCACAGGAUAUGAGUAUAUCCGCGACCGGUCGCCUUUGGUGGAGCACCCACUCAAUCCUCUUAUUUGUGGCAUGUUCGCGCGAACUAUGGCAGCAACAACCGUUGCUCCCGUUGAGCUUUUGAAGACAAGACUCCAAUCCAUUCCUUCUGAAGUACGUGGUGACCAGCGAAGCCGAAUCUUCUCACAUUUGCUCAAGGAUGCAGCUGCUUCGUUUCGCAGCCGUGGAGUGGGUUCGAUGUUCACUGGCUUGAAGAUCACCCUCUGGCGAGAUGUACCGUUCCUGGGAAUAUAUUGGCUGUGCUAUGAGCUUUUCAAAGACCGUAUUGGAGGAGCCAUGGGCGUUGAUUUCAACGAGAAUGCUGCGCAGCAAGAUGAUUUAAAAGUGUUUACGACGAGUUUCCUCUCCGGUUCUUUUGGAGGAGUGAUUGCGGCGUUUUUCACCAAUCCCUUUGAUGUCGGCAAAACUAGACUUCAGAUAGCGACCGAAGAAAAGAAAUUGGUCGACAAGAGGAAACCAACUAUGUUCAAGUUCCUUUUUGAAAUUUACCAAAAGGAGGGCCUUCGGGCUUUGUAUGGCGGUUUCGGAGCCCGAGUGAUGAAAAUUGCUCCUCUGUGCGCCAUAAUGAUAUCAUCCUAUGAGAUUGCCAAGAAGAUCUUCAAGGACAAGUUGUAA